UAGCAGUCACCACCCCUAGCAAGCCCCAGAACCCAGCCAGCAGCGCGGAGGCUGCGGAGCCGGUGGCCGCGGAGCUGCCUCUGUGGGGCUCCGGGGGGGAGGGGGAGCCGCAAAGCCCCCGCUGAGGCCAUCGCUGCCGGGCCUCCCCUCCCCCCCGGGCCUUCGCCAUGCGGGGGGGCCCAGGAGACGCUGAGCGGCGACAGCGCUGGGGUCAGCUCUUCGAGGAGCUGGACAGUAAUAAGGAUGGCCGCGUGGACGUGCACGAGUUGCGCCGGGGACUGGCCAAGCUGGGCGGGGGCGACCCAGACCGCUGCGCCCAACAGGGCAUCUCUCAUGAGGAUGACACUGACCCAGGUGGCGGGCUCAACUUGGAAGAGUUCUCCCAAUAUCUGCAGGAGCGAGAACAACGCCUGCUGCUUAUGUUUCAUAGCCUUGACCGGAACCAGGAUGGUCAUAUUGACAUCUCAGAGAUCCAGCAGAGUUUCCAAGCUUUGGGCAUUUACAUCUCUCUGGAGCAGGCAGAGAAAAUUCUGCACAGCAUGGACCGUGACGGCACAAUGACCAUCGACUGGCAGGAAUGGCGAGACCAUUUCCUGUUGCAUUCACUGGAAAACGUGGAGGAUGUGCUCUAUUUCUGGAAGCAUUCCACGGUUCUGGAUAUUGGUGAAUGCCUGACUGUGCCAGAUGAAUUCUCAAAGCAGGAGAAACUGACAGGCAUGUGGUGGAGGCAACUGGUGGCUGGUGCAGUGGCAGGAGCUGUAUCGCGGACAGGCACAGCCCCUCUGGACCGCCUGAAGGUCUUCAUGCAGGUUCAUGCUUCCAAGACCAACCGGCUGAAUGUCCUGGGGGGCCUUCAGAGCAUGAUCCAAGAAGGGGGUAUUCGCUCCCUAUGGCGUGGUAAUGGUAUUAAUGUACUCAAGAUAGCACCUGAGUCAGCUAUCAAGUUCAUGGCCUAUGAACAGAUCAAGCGGGCUAUCCUGGGGCAUCAGGAGACACUGCAUGUGCAGGAACGCUUUGUGGCUGGCUCCCUGGCUGGUGCCACAGCCCAAACCAUCAUUUACCCAAUGGAGGUGCUGAAGACACGGCUGACCCUGCGCCGGACAGGCCAGUACAAGGGACUGCUGGACUGCGCCAGACGGAUCCUGGAGCGAGAAGGGCCACGUGCCUUCUACCGCGGCUACCUACCCAAUGUACUAGGCAUCAUUCCCUAUGCGGGCAUCGACCUGGCUGUCUAUGAGACUCUGAAGAAUUGGUGGCUCCAGCAAUACAGCCACGACUCGGCAGACCCAGGCAUCCUCGUGCUCCUGGCCUGUGGCACCAUCUCCAGCACCUGCGGCCAGAUAGCCAGUUAUCCCCUGGCACUGGUCCGGACCCGCAUGCAGGCCCAAGCCUCCAUCGAUGGUGGCCCCCAGCCGUCCAUGCUGGGCCUGCUCCGUCACAUCCUGUCCCAGGAGGGCAUGCGAGGCCUCUACCGGGGCAUUGCCCCCAACUUCAUGAAGGUCAUUCCUGCUGUGAGCAUCUCCUAUGUGGUCUACGAGAAUAUGAAGCAGGCCUUGGGGGUCUCGUCCAGAUCACUGGAUCCUGCAUCUCCACAUCCCAAAGAUGAACCCACAUUUCCCUGUCCCACCCACUGUGUCGUUGGCUCCCAGGUCAUAACUACUGGAUCCCACUUAGGUCAGUGAAUGGAUCCCAAUAUCCCAACCACAGGAGCACCUGUCACCCCCACCCACCUCAACACUCAGAUCCCAGCUCCCUCAGGCACCAGGUCCAAUGUCUUCAUGCAGCACUGGACCCCAGAUCCCCUAAUCCCAGGUCUCCAUGCCUUGAGUCCUUGAUCUCCAAGCUCGGCCACUGGAUUCUGGAUGUCAAGAAACCUCAGCCACUGGAUCCUGACAGUGCUAGAUCCUGGUGCCCCAUCACUGGAUCCAAGAUCCCCUCUCCCCAACCAUUGGAUUCCUGAAUUAUUUUUUGCCUCAACACUGCGUGCUGGAUCCCUACACUUGGAGCACUACACCAUCAGUCCCAACCACUGGAUCCCAGGUUCCCACAUCCCAGCAUUCCAGAUUCUGGCUCCUAAAACAAAUGAGGGAUCCCAGCAGCACAGCAAGUGCAUCCUGGCAACUGCAGCUGCUGGAUUCUGAUCUAGAUCCCAGAUUCCCUCACCCCAUUGCACCGGAUGCUGGAACCUCACAUGCAGAUGGCAGACCCUGGUGCUACCAGGCAUGGGGCUUCAAGACCUCAAUUCCUGGUUUCUGAUCUGAACACACCAGGCACUGGGUUCCCAAUGCUCAGACCCCAAGUCUAUAUCCCAAUAUCCCAGUCAUAGCAUCCUGGGUACCAUGUACCCUCAUUCCAGACACGUACGGCUCACCCCCAUGAUGGGAGAUCGCCUGGUCGAGUAACCUCAAAGGAAGCCCAGAACCCACCUGUCCCCUCCACCCCCAGCUCCAGAACACUUACAGGAUUUGUCCCAAGUCCUGAUAAGGCUCAUCGCCAGGCAACAGGGAGAGAGGGGUGCCUCUCCUACACUUCCCACAACCUGUAUGGGUGCUGGAUGCUGCCUCCCCUAUAUCUGGGCCCUGUGGGGAACCUGUUCCCACCCCCCCACCCGAUGUGUCUUCCACCGCCUUCCCCUUUUAUAGACUAAUAACCCCAAAAUCCCAAGUCUGGAAGGUCCAGUCACUCUUGGGGGCUUCACACAUUAGAAGCCAGGAGUAAAUCUACAUAGCCCACCUUUCACUAAACCCAAGCAUCCAAUUAUGCAAAAACAAGUCAAGUCCCCAAACUCAUUCCAGAUCUAUUUUUCUAGCAGAGAGAGGAGCAGAGCCUCCCUCCCCCUCCAGCCCAAGCUCACCGUCCCUCACCCCCAUACAUUCUGCACUUUAUCAUUGGAUUCUGAGCUUAGAAUAAUUGGGGGGCCCCACUAAGGGAAAGAGAGCCUGGGAUGUUGUGGGGCUGAAGGACUCCCCAUGGCUUCCACCUCUACCGUGCCCCACCUCCCUGCCUGUUUGUGUUAUUUCAAAGGAAGAUAACAAAAGGAAUAAAUUUUCUAAGCUCC